AUGUCGGAGAAACGAAACUCUGCUAGAGGUGACACGGACAGGGACAUGGGCGCGGCGUCGACGGCAGCGGUCGGGCCCGGUGAGGCGGCGGCGGCGGAAGCUUUCAGCCCGCAGGAGUCAAGCCUGAACUCUCCCGAGCGACAUGUCUUCGAGAAGGACCAGAAGGGAAGGAUACCGGACGGAGAUGGGACGAGAUCGCCGACGCCAUCUCCGUCGAGUUCGGAUUGCGAAUCGCAGAAUGGGAAGGCGCGAACUGGGAUCCGGGAGUUGGCGGUCAGCGUUGCUACUUUAACGCCGAAAAGGCUUCGAUACAACCCGACGAAACCACCUCAGUUUUCUCUCGCGCAUAACUUUCUGUAUGCGGUGACUGCCACUUUCACUGUCGCCAAUCUCUACUACAAUCAACCCGUUCUCAACAAGAUCGCAGAGACGUUCGAUGUCAGCUUCGAGCGCGCGUCGUCAGUCGCGACGCUGAUGCAGGCUGGAUAUGCCGCGGGCCUGCUCUUCAUCUGCCCGCUGGGCGACAUGGUACGGCGGCGGCCCUUCAUCUUGGUCCUCAUUUGGGCAACGGCGAUGCUGUGGCUCGGACUUUGCGUAACGAACUCCUUCGUCGCAUUCUCUGCACUCUCUUUUCUCGUGGGCGUCUCGACCGUCACGCCGCAGCUCAUGCUCCCGCUCGUCGCCGACAUGGCCCCGGCCAACCGCAAAGCAAGCUCGCUCUCCAUCGUCACGUCCGGUCUGAUGCUCGGGAUGCUCAUCGCGCGACUGUUGUCCGGCAUCGUGGCCGACUACACCUCGUGGCGCAACAUCUACUGGUUCGCGUUCGGGACGCAGUACCUGUUGUUGAUCCUCCUCUUCUUCGUCAUGCCGGACUACCCUUCGACCAAUCCGGACGGGCUGAACUACUUCAAGGCGUUAUGGACGAUCGUGACCAUGUUUUUCAGCGAGCCGAUCCUGGUGCAUGCGUGCUUGGUGGGCUUCUGCAUCAGCUCCAUCUUCACGUCCUUCUGGACAACCUUGACGUUCCUACUGGCCUCGCCGCCGUACGAGUUCUCCUCGCUGACGAUUGGUCUCUUUUCGCUGAUUGGCAUUGCGGCGAUCUGCGGGGGACCGGUGUAUGGGCGGUUCAUCAUGGACCGAUACGUCCCGUUCAUGUCGUCUGUGCUGGGACAGACUGUAAUCCUGAUCGGGUGUCUCGUUGGCGCCUUCACCAGCACGAUCACGGUGGCGGGGCCGGUGAUCCAGGCCAUCUGCAUUGAUAUCGGAAUCCAGACGGCGCAGACGGCGAACCGGACGGCUAUCUACACAAUCAACGCCAAGGCGAGGAACAGGGUCAAUACGGCGUACAUGGUGUCGGUGUUCUGUGGGCAGUUGACGGGCACAGCGGUGGGAAACAGGCUGUAUGCGCAGGGCGGGUGGAAGUAUAGCGGAGGCGCGACCAUCGGUUUCAUCGGGCUAUCGUUGCUGGUCACCCUUUCCAAAGGCCCGAGAGAGAAGGGGUGGAUCGGAUGGAGCGGUGGGUGGCAGCUUCGCAAAGCUGGGGUCGAGGCCCCAAAACCGAAGCCAGUCUCGCCCGAGGACGGCCAAGGGGCGGAGAAAGUUGUUGGGGACGAGAAAGAUGCGGCGGUAACCGGGGCGGACGGUGAAGAUAACCGGAGAUGA